AUGGAUGUGAUGGGACACGAAAAUCUUUCCGUGAUUGUGGCGGAGACCGGGUGGCCUAGCUCCGGGAUUGAUUCUGGCGAAGUCGACGAGACGUUGCUGUAUAGCGAGAUGUUCUUGAAAGGUUUGUUGGCGCAUUUGAGGAGCGGUGGUGGGACGAAGAUGGAUGAAUGUGGUGGCUGGACAAAUGAGAAACACAACUUGUAUCUUGAUUCUUUGGAGAACUCAUUUGUUGAGCAGGGUCUAAGUGGGGGUUUGGCGGUAAUGUGGAAAGGGUGCUACAAAGUGGAUGUGUUGGAAGCUGAUAAAAGAAUCAUUGACUUGCAUGUCACGGCAGGGUCUCUGGGCUUCUAUCUGUCGUAUAUAUAUGGUGAUCCGGUUCGUGCUCGCAGGAGUUUAGUGUGGGACAGGCUGAGUACUAUUGGAAUGGUGAGAAAUGAGGCAUGGUGUUUGGUGGGGGACUUCAAUGAGCUGCUAUGCCCAUCUGAGAAGUUAGGAGGAACAAUGAGGCAAGAUUACAAUUGCUGGGAUUUUAGAAAUAUGGUUGAUAACUGCAAGCUUAAAGAAACGAAGAGCUCGGGGAAUCAACUGUCGUGGGCUGGGUGGCGAGACAGUGUAUGGAUCCAAUGCAGACUGGACCGAAGCUUCGGUAAUGAUGAAUGGUUCCAAUUAUUUCCCAAAGCGCAUAUGGAGUAUCUUGGUAUGGUCACUUCUGAUCAUCGACCAAUUCGGGUGACAUUUGCACUUGAAGAAAGAGAGAUGGGAAAGGGAAGAUGUCGGAGGGAGCUGGCUAAAUGGAAGAGAGUGACUACUGUUAAUGCAGGGGGUAGAAUCAAAAGGUUGAAAGUCUCUUUGGAAGAGGAGGUUUCGAAAAGAUUCCCAAGUUGGAUCAAGAUGAAACGUCUAAGACGUGAGCUCUCCCAAGCAUAUCGAGCAGAAGAGUCCUUCUGGCGUCAGCGUAGUCGUAUCAGAUGGUUGAAGCUUGGGGACAGGAACACGAGAUACUUUCAUCUUUGUGCAAAAAGUCGUAGAAUUAAGAAUCAUAUUCUAAUGCUCAAAGAUGCCUUGGGCGAAGAACAUUUUUCUGAGGGGUCUAAAGGCAGCAUUGCAACUGAUUACUUUCGAGAUAUCUUCACCAGCUCGAAUCCUUGGGAUCUGGAGAGUCUGUUUGAAGGUUUUCAGGGUCGAGUAACACCGGCUAUGAACUCGAUGCUCGUGGCUCCGGUGCUUGCAGAAGAAAUCAAAGUUGCUGCUUUUUCUAUCAAAGGAGAUAGUGCCCCAAGGGCAGAUGGUCUUACAGGAACCUUCUACAAGCGUUUUUGGGACAUUGUGGGACCGUCUACAGUUGAGGGAAUUCAGGGUUUUUUUCGAACAGCAGUUCUACCUGCUGGCUGGAAUCACACACAUAUAUGUCUCCUCCCAAAGGUGGCGGCUCCCUCGACAAUGACUGAGCUAAGGCCGAUCAGCUUAUGCUCAGUUCAUUACAAAAUUGUAUCCAAGGUCUUAUGCAACAGAUUGAAGCAUAUUCUUCCUGAUAUUGUGUCAGAUACACAAGGAGCGUUCCUUGGCGGUCGGCUUAUCACUGAUAAUAUCCUAGUAGCUCACGAGAUGGUACAUGCUCUACGAACCAAGGAGGGGAUAAAUGAUAGGUUCUUAGCAAUCAAGACAGACAUGUCCAAAGCCUAUGAUCGGGUGGAAUGGUCUUUUGUUGAGAUUCUACUAGAACGCUUGGGUUUUGAUAGAAGAUGGGUGACUUGGAUAUUGUCUUGCAUCAGCUCGGUCACGUACUCCAUCCUCUUGAAUGGUGGUCAACAUGGUUUCAUUAAACCGGAGAAUGGGAUUAGACAGGGGGACACAUUGUCACCGUUCUUGUUUAUUCUGUGCGCGGAAGCUUUGGUUAGUACCUUGAAUCAGGCUGAGGCGAAUGGAAAGCUGCAUGGUAUUAGACUCUCAGCUCAGGGACCCUCAGUGCAUCAUCUCCUGUUUUCCGAUGAUAGCUUACUGCUGUGUGAGGCGUCUAGUGAUGAUGGAGCAGAGAUCGUUAGGAGGCUGAAACUCUAUGGUGAGGCUUCUGGUCAAGUGAUUAACUACACCAAGUCAUCUAUUAUUUUUGGAGCCAAAGUACCUAUUCACUUGCGUGAAGAGAUGAAGACGAUCUUGGGAAUAGAGCAGGAAGGUGGAGAGGGCUCUUAUCUUGGACUGCCCGAGUGUUUCAGUAGCUCCAAAGGGAAGUUACUAAGUUUCAUCCACGACAAGAUACAAGGGAGACUUCGGGGAGGUGGAGCUAAGGUCUUAUCUCAGGGAGGCAAGGAGAUCAUUCUAAAGUCAGUGGGUUUGGCGUUACCAGUUUUCGCUAUGACUUGUUUUAAGCUUCCCAAAGAUCUGUGUGCCAAAUUGACUAGCAUAAUGACUGAGUUCUGGUGGGGUGGGACUGCUGAGAAACGUAAGAUAGCAUGGGUCGCUUGGAAGAAGUUGUGCAAAUCCAAAGAGCUUGGUGGAAUGGGAUUUAAGGACAUUGAAUGGUUUAAUCAGGCCCUCUUGUGCAAGCAAGCUUGGCGAAUCUGGUAUAAACCGCAGUCCCUACUAGCUCGAGUAAUGAAAAGUAGAUACUUCUGUCAAGGUGAUUUCUUAGAGUGUGGCAUUGGAACUCGACCCUCCUAUGCUUGGAGGAGUAUUAUUCAUGGCAGGGAGCUUCUCUUGCAGGGUCUGUGGAAAAGAGUUGGCAAUGGCCAGGAUACUCACGUCUGGUAUGAAAACUGGCUACGGAUGGAGAUACGAAGACCCCCGAGGUACCGAACUGAUGGUGUUGAUCUUACCCUCAAAGUAUCGGACCUUAUAGAUGCGAGAUAUGGUACGUGGGAUGUUGCGAGAGUACGCCACUUAUUUGUAGAAGAAUAUGCUAAUCAUAUCUUGGGGAUGAAGUUAGAUCAUCGGCGUGAAGAUACACUGGUAUGGGGUUUUAGUAGAGACGGAAAAUAUGACUCGCAGAGUGGCUACAAAUUGCUAGAACACCUUCAGACUAUAUCUUCUCCUGAAGCUCCAUCUCUGCCCCCGGUGGAAAAAAGACUUUGGUCUAAUAUUUGGAAAGUAAAGACUCUUCCUAAGAUCCGUCAUUUCAUGUGGAGAGCUUUAGCAGGAGCUUUGGCUGUGGCGACGAGGCUACAUACUAGGGGUAUACAGAUAGAUCCAAGCUGUAAGAUGUGUCAUGCGCACCCGGAGACGAUUUGUCAUAUUCUCUUUCAUUGCCAUACAGCAAAAGAAGUUUGGAGAUUGUCAAAUAUUACUUGGCCUCCUGCUGGUUUCUCCAUGAACUCGGUAUUUUUGAACUUUCAUCACCUGAUGGAUGUCUGCAGGCGAAGCACAUCAUCUGACACCAGCUCUAAAUACUUUCCGUGGAUUCUGUGGCACUUAUGGAAAGCUAGGAAUAUGUCAGUAUUUGAAAGGGUGAGCUUAGGAGCAUCAGAUAUAUGGGAAAGGGUUAAAGUGGACGCUGCAGCAUGGUUUGGAGCCAACGAUCCAUCAUCCAGAAAUGAGGAAUUAAUUCAAAGCAGUCUGGUGAAUGUCUUGCGAUGGCAAAAACCUUCAGCUUCUUUUGUUAAGUGUAAUAUUGGAACAUCGUGGAUUGACGACAGACAGAACCGUGGAGCAGCUUGGAUACUAAGAGAUCAGUCAGGUCAAGUUCUUUGUCAUAGUCGCCGAUCCUACUCUUCAGUGUCAAAUAAGAUGGAAGCAGAGCUAUGGAGUUUCCUCUGGGCAGUUGAGUCCAUCUCAUCUCUUCGGUACGAGAGAGUGGUUUUCGAAUCCUCCUCCUACCUUGCGGGGGAAGCAAUCCUUAGACCUUCCUUGUUUCCACAAUUCAAUGAUAUGUUGCAGGACAUUCGUAAUAAGCUAUCCUUUUUCGGCUAUGGACCGUAG